UAUGUCUGCGUGACAGUUGUCGCGGGGGAGGGCGCGCCAAGGAGAGGGGGAGUGUAAAUAGAGCGAAGGCGGCGCCAGGUCGGACCCGUCGCCUCCUGGGUGGACCUCGAGGAGGCCUAGUGAGAGAUGGAAGACGAUGAGCAAGAGCAGCGGCGCAGAAAGGUGGAGGCCGGGAGAGCGAAGCUUGCUCACUUCCGACAGAGAAAAACAAAAGGUGACUAUACGCAUUCGAAGAAAAAGACGGCGAAGAGGAAGGGCCCGGCUGUCGAUGCGCCUGUCCAGGAGGAGAGUCCGGUAGCCACUGAGGACAGUGGAUUUCUGGGAGAAGGGGACGUUUGCAAAACCACGUUGUGUAGUGACACCCCUGAUGGGGCAUCAGCAGCUCAGCUGGAGAACCCUGAUGGAGCAAGGACAGAGGACUUGGAGCAGCCGUGGCAGAAGCUGGAUGGCGACGGUUUGGAACAACCUGGGCUCCUCACAAAGGAGUGUGGCCAGGAAUGCACACCUGAACUCGCUGAACUGAUGAGCCAACAUGGAGAAAAGACUGGCAGGGAGCAGUGGGCAAUGUUGGGGCUGCCAGCAGAGAUGCAGCCGGUGCAGCUGCAGACCCAGCCGGUGCCGCCCCUGGAGCUGGAGGCGCUGCGCUUGAGUCUGAGCAACAUGCACACAGCACAGCUGGAGCUGACACAGGCCAACCUGCAGAGGGAGAAGGAGACAGCACUGACAGAGCUGCGGGACAUGCUUAAUGGCCGGCACGCCCAGGAGCUGGCCCUGCUGCAGAGCCGCCAGCGGCUGGAGCUGGAGCUCGUUAGGGAGCAGCAUGCGAGGGAGCAGGAGGAAGUGGCACUGAGGUGCAGCCGGGAGAUAGCCGAGCUGAAGGAGAAGUUACAAUCAGAAAUGGAGAGAAAUGAGAACAUAAUAGAGAACUUGAAGCAAGACUGGGAAGCUGAGAGAGAUUCAUGCUUAGAAAGCCUACACAAAGAGUUAUCUGCAAAGCAUCAGUCAGAAUUGGAGAGCUUACAAAGCCAGUUUAAGAAGGAAUUGGCAGAACAGAAAGCUGAGCUGGAGAAGAUUUUUCAAGCCAAAAAUCAGACAGAAUUGUCCCUGCAGACACUGCAGGCUCAGCACGACGCCGUGGUGACCAGGCUGCAGGAAGACCUGCAGUCGGAGCGCUGCCGGCACGCCGAGGACCUGGACCUGAGGGUCAGAGAGAAGGAGACAGAAAAGCAGCUGGAGUUGGAGAACCUUCAAGCAUCUUAUGAAGAGCUGAAGGCUCAGUCACAAGAGGAAGUCAGGCGCCUGUGGUCCCAGCUUGAGUCCAUGAAAACCGACAGACAGGAGCUGAGUGACUUGCGUGAACAACUCCUGGCUCGAGCAUCUCACGUGGAAGAAUUGGAACACCUGCAGCGAGACUUUGAGCAGCGACAGCAACGGGAGAAAACUGAGCACGAGUCCGAACUGGAGCAGCUGCGACUUUACUUUGAAAAGAAGUUGAGGGAUGCUGAAAAAAGCUACCAGGAAGACCUGACUCUGUUACAGCAGCGGCUGCAGGAGGUGAGGGAGGAUUCUGUCCUGGAGUCUGCAGAAAUGAGUUCAUCCAGUGCGGUUUUAGAAGAAACAUCUGAAAAAGAAAGAAGAGACCACCUUGAUCAGCUCAGCUUCCAGCUGGAGCAGUAUGAGGAGGACCUGUGUUUGCACACACGGUUAGAAGAAAGCCCCCAGUGCCAAGUGGCAGUGCAGCAGGAGGCCCACCUUGCAAGGACCCAGGUGUUGGCACAGCACAUGGGGCUCUUGGAAGAGCCGGGCUCAGAGCUCGGUCGCAUGCACCUUCGGGGUGCACAGGACCCGGCCGUGGAGUUAGAGACUGAAGUGGCAACGACAGUCUUCAGUUUGGAAACUGAUCACAAGGUUAAACUCUCACUGUUUGAGAUGGAGCUCCAAGAAGAAAUCAAUCUUUUAAAAAUAGAAAACCAGAAUUUACAUGAGAAGCUGCAGCAGGAAAUCCGCCUGAAAGAGGACUUGGAGAAAAUAAAGCAUAAUUUAGUUGAAGGUCACCAGGAAGAACUAAGGAAAGCUAAGGAUCAGAUUGAGCUAAUGAAACAGGAACUUAAAGAAAGAGAAGCAGAGUGGAAAGGUGCAAGUGAAGCCCUAAGAAGAGGGGCUGAAGAGAAGUUAACUCUCAUGCUCCUGGACCUGAGAGAACAGGCUGAAUUGGAAAAACAGUCAAUAAUAAACAAGUUCGAGCUCCGAGAAAUGGAAAUGAAGCAACUGCAGGAUCAGCAGGCGGCCCAGAUCUUGGACCUGGAGGGGUCCCUGAUGGAGCAGCAGGGCCGCCUGCAGCAGCUGGAACUGGGCCUCACUGGGGACGAGUUUCUUCACUGUGGCCAGGUGCCAAGCAGUGGUCUGGCUCCCAGGGACCAGGACCAGGAACAUGCUACACUUCAUUUGAAGGAGGACUGUGACCUCCAGCUGAUGCUGGCCCAAAACAGAUUUUUAGAACAACGUAAGGAGGUCACAGAGAAAUUCACUGCAGAACAAGAUGCUCUCCUGCGGGAAGCCCAGGAGAAGCACGCCAGGGAGCUCCAGCUCCUUCAGGAGAGACACCAGCAGCACAUUCUGUCCCUAACAACAGAGCUUGAGGCCAAGCACCAGGCCAAGGUUGAAGAAUUGAAGGCUGUGUUCCAGAGGGAGCAGCGGGAUCUUUCAGAAGCUCGUGUGGCUGAACUGCAGGCAAAACACGCUGCUGAAGUCUGUGCUCUGGAGACCAGACAUUUGUCACACCUGGAUUCUGUGGAGUCAUGUUACCUGUCUGAAAUCCAGACCCUCCGGGAUGAGCACAGGCGGGCCCUGGAGCUGUUGCAAGGGGAUCUUGAGGAAAAGCUGCAGAAAAAGGACUCUUCUCACCAAGUCAUUUUGACUCAGGAGUUAGAGAAACUUCAGCGGAAACAUGCCGAAGAGCUUGAGUCUGCAAAGGGCAGCUGGAGAACUGAACUAAGCACCCAACACACAGAGCGCUCGAGGGCCCUGGCCGCCGAGCUUCGUGAGGCUCACCAGGAGGAGUUGGCUGCAGCUUUGCUUAAUCAGAGGCGCCUGCUGGAGGAGGAGAAGACCGUGGCCCUGGACAAGGUGCGUGCUGAGGUCCUGCGCCUGGAGCAGCAGCACCAAGCAGCCCUGCAGGAGCUUGGCAACGUGCAUGCGGCUGAGAUGCAGAGGCAGCAGGCAGAGCAGCAGGGUGAAUUUGAACGUGAAAAGAAAGCUGCUUUGCAUGAAACAAAGGAGAGACACAGACUGGAGUGUGAGCAGGCACAGUCUCUUCACCAGAAGGAGACGGAGUCCCUGUCUCUGCAGCUACAGGAGAAGAGCAAGCAAAUUCUGCAGCUGGAAGACCAGAUUUUAUCCUUAAGGCGUGAGAUAGAAGAGUGCCGUUCGGAACUGGAGACAUUACAGCAAAGGCGGGACAGGGAGAACCAGGAAGGCACGAACCUCAUCUCACUGCUCAAGUCCGACGUGGACCUGUCUCACAGCGAGAGGACAGCUCUCCAGGAGACCCUGCGGAGGCUGCUGGGCCUGUUUGGAGAGACAGUGAAGGCUGCCAUCAUCCUGAAGAGCCGGAUCAGUGAGCGCGUGGGGCUCUGCCUGGAGGAUGAGAGUCUGCCCAACACGAGGCUGGGGGGCCAGUCCCCAUCUGCAGUGCCAACACUGGAUGAGAUGUGGCCUGGGCCUGACGUGACCCUGACAGAGCUGGAUAAAACUUUGACUGAAUGCACUGAGGUGUCUUCCAUGGCUGAGAUCAGCAGCCACAUCCGUGAAAGUUUUUUCAUGAGCCCAGAAAGUACACUGGAGUGUGAGCAGCCCAUCAGGAGCAUGUACCGGAGCCUUGGCCUGGCAGUGGACAGCCUCCUGGAGAUGGCCCUGGACUCCUCCAAGCAGCUGGAGGAAGCACGCCAAAUUCAUGCUCGUUUUGAGAAAGAAUUUAGCUGUAAGAAUGAGGAGAUGGCCCAGGUCGUUAGAAAACACCAGGAAUUACUGGAACGCCUGGAGGAGGAGAACUCGGCCAAGACACAGCUGACUCUGGAGCUGCACAAGGCAGAAGGCAUCAUCGAGGGAUUCAAGGUGGAGAAGGCCAGCCUGCAGGAGGCACUGGGCCAGAAGGAGAUGUCCGAGCAGGGCCUCGUGGUCGAGCUGGAGAGCCUGAAGCAGCAGCUUCAUCGGGUGACUCGGCAGCAGGAAGAGCUGAAGGAGGAGAACUCUGUCCUGUGGCACCAAAAGGAAGUGGCAGCUGCAGAAGCAGAAGAGAGAGAAGCUGGUGUUCCUGUUACUAUAGCACAUAAGGAUUCAGCGCUUCAGAGGGAAGUGGAAGCUGCCACCACAGAGCGGCUGGAGACCAAGCAGCAGUGUGAAAAGGACCGCAUGGCUCUGCUCGCCCAGGUGAAGCUCCUGGAGGCUGAGCUGGAAGAGCAGGUCUCGCGCCAUCGAGCGUGUGCCUUGCAGGCUGAGGAGCUCAGUGCCCUGCGGCAGCAGAUGGUGUCCCUGGAUAAGCACUUGCGCAGCCAGCGGCAGUUCAUGGAUGAGCAGGCCGUGGAGAGGGAGCACGAGCGGGAGGAGUUCCAGCAGGAGAUCCAGAAGCUGGAGGAGCAGCUCCGCCGGGCAGCCCAGCUGCAGUCCCGGAGCACCCGCGACAGUGAACAGGCACAGCUGGAUGAGGAGGUUGAAUUGUUACAGGAAAAGUUGAGAGAAAAAUCAGAUGAACUUAACGAAUUGGUUUUGAAGAAAGAAUUAUCAGAUAGACAAGUGCUGAUCCAGGAAGAGGAAAUUAAGCAUCUGGAGGAGACAAAUGCCGAUACGAGGAGGAAAGUGAUUCAGCUCCAGGAAGAACUGGAGAAGCAGAGGAGAGCUGUGAAGGAGCUACAGCAGGAUAAGGAGGCAUUACAGCAGCAGCAGAUGAGUAAUUUGCUUCUGGUGUCCACAUUGCAGUCUAAACUAGAUGAGGGCAAAUGCCCUUUGCCUGCUGCAGACAGCCGCCCUGAGGGCUCUGAAGUCCAAUUGGAGGCUGUGCAGAGGGCCCUCCUGCAGCGGGAAAAUGAGGUUUUAGAACUACAAGAACAAUUAGAAAAGAUUAAAGAUGACUUAAUUAGUAAAAAUGAAGAAAUACUGCAUCUGAACUUAAAGUUAGACCUGCAGAACAACCACACUGCUAUCAGCGUCAGAGGACUACAGGAGGAGAAUGCCAGUUUGAAGGCAUUUCUGCAAAACAAAGAAAAGGAGAUACUGCACAUGAGCGAGCAGCUUGAGGCACAACUGGCUGGGAUGGGAAGUGGCGCUCUCAGCGAGGUUAUGUACAGUAGAAGCUCUGAAGUGGAGGAACUGAAGUCCAUUAUUGAGACUUUGCAGGAAAACCAGGAGCGGCUGCAGAAGGAUAAAGCAGAGGAAAUUGAGCAACUGCACGAGGUCAUCGAGAAGCUGCAACGGGAGCUGACCUUUGGGGGACCUGCCAAGCCUGAGCUUGGUGACAGCCAAGCCGAGGACCUCCAGAGUGAGCUGGAACUUGGGCUGUGCCGCCUGCAGGCUGAGGGAGCUGAGGCCCAGGCUACGCUGCAGGCCGAGCUCCAGGCUGCGCUUGUGGCCAAGGAGGACUUGAGCCAGCUGCUGGCUGAGCAGGAGCACCAGCAUGGCCAGGCGCUGGAGGCCCUGCAGCAGCGCCUGCGGGUUGCAGAGGAGGCUGCUGCAAGGCAGCUAUCCCAGCUGGGGCCCAGCCCAUCCCUACAGGAGUCUGAAGUCCAGGGCUCCGCCUCCCAGAUUCAGGAGUUUGAGGCUGCUCUCAAAGCAAAGGAUGUAGAGAUUGCCCAGAAAGAUCUGGAAAUUGAGGCUAUGAACAGAAAGCAGUCAGCCCACUCCACCGAACUAAAGGCCAUCCUGUUGGCCUUUGCCCGCCUCUGCCGCACCCUGGAACAGCAGCCCCUGGGUGCCACAUGUGAGCCCCCUGAGCUCCAGCGGCUCCGUGUGCAGUGUGUUCGCCUCAGCCGCCAGCUGCAGGCACUGAACCAGCAGUUUCUGAAGUGCCAGAAGGAGCUGGACAAACAGCAGGCAUACCGGGACCCCGUGCUCCAUCAUGUGAAGGACAGUUUCCAGACAUGUAUAGCCAGGGGUGACAAGGCCUCAUGUGAUGAAGAGCUGGAACAGAAUGUGAGCAGCAGACAGCAAACUGAGGCCUCCUGUGGCCAAAGCAGUGAUCCACAGAGUCCAGUGAAGGGUGAUCUGCAGUUUGCCAAAGCCCCGGUAACGGUAAACCACUCAGGCCUCCACAAACAAGACAGCAUGAUGUCAGUGCUCACGGUUUGCCAGAGGCAGCUGGAGUCUGAGCUGUUCCUGCUGAAAAAUGAAAUGCAGUUGAGUGCUGAGGACCAUGGCAAAGCAUCAGGGACAAUGAAGGAUAAGGUAAAACUACUGGGAGAUUGUAAGCUGCAGAAAGUUGAUCUCAUGACUCAAGUGAAACAGCUUCAAGAAAAACUGAACCGUCUGUUAUAUUCUAUGAACCUCCAGAACAUCAAGACAGAGGAUUUCAACUCUCAAGAGCCAUUGGCAUUUUCUCAUGUUUUAGAAAACAGUUCAAGUUGUAGUUCUACUAAUGGUGAAGAAACUGACCAGUCAUGUCCUGUUGAUGCAAUUAAUAUCAGCAAAAUCCCACAGGAUCUAAUUGACAUUGUUGGAAAUCGGGAUUCAUUGAUAAGAAAUGAAAUACCAAAUGUUCCCACGGAAGACAAGGUAGAUGGGUCAUUUUAUUUACAGGUGAGCCUGCCUAGUAGCUCCCGUGACUUAACCUACACCGAGGAGGCUGAGCCCUUGAAGAAUAAACUCAGUGUGAUGGACCUGUCCUCCUGGAGCUCUCCUGAGGUCGUCAGGAAGGACUCAACACUUGAGCCACUGCCCAGCCUGCCCCUGACCCCCUGCUUGGACACCAUGAGCCAGCGCAGCCCAGAUACCUCCCUGAGGGAAAGAAGGAGCACCUCGCUGCUCCAGGCUGACCAGUUGGAGCUACUUAGUACCCCCGGUGGAUCUGUAGCAGUAAAGGCCACUUGUUGGGCAGAGUCAUCAUUGGCUGCAGACAAGGCUCCCUCUGUUGACCAUCAUGUGCAUCGUACAGCUGUGGAGAAAGAUGUGGAGGAUUUCAUCAUAACAUCUCUUGAUUCUCGAGAAAAGUCAAGAUUACCUCCUCUUGGAUUAGAAGGAAAAGGCAAUGGAAGUGAAAACAGUAAUGGCUCUGGCUGUGGAGAGAUACUAAACCCAGGUUCAAAAGGACUCGAAGCCCCCAGUGCUGGUCCUGCAAUGCUGCCCCCUGCCUCAGGAAGCUCCCAGCAGCCACUGGAAGCCAUGAAGGAGAAGGAAGUCCACCCAAAGCAGGUUAAGGCUUUGCUGCAGAUGGUGUAUGACGAGAGCCACCACAUCCUGGCCCUGUCCGAAUACCAUGGAUACCCCAGUGCGCUGAGCAGGGGCGAGCCAAGCGCCCCCAUCAAGCACUUCCUGAGGGGGGGCCAGGGCCUAUUGGAGACAGUGCCAGCUCUGAGGGGGCACAUGACCUCAACACCCCAACAGGGAGAGAAGUUUCAGGAACCUUCUGAUACCUGCCUCGACUGGAGAGGAGAAUUCCUGCAGGUCGUCCAGGAGGCAUUUGAAAAGGAGCGGGAGAUGCUGGCGACGGAGCUGCAGCCACAACUCUGUGGCUCUGGCCCCAGGGCCCACGGCGCCCUGGUGGAGAGGCUGCAGAAGGUGGUCCAGGAGCAGGGGGACCUGCAGGAGAAGUCCUUGGAGCACCUUCGUCAGUCUGACAGGAGCAGCUUGCUGUCCGAGAUCCAGGCCCUGCGAGCUCAACUGCGACUGACACACUUGCAAAACCAGGAGAAGCUGCAGCAGCUGUGUGCAGCGCUGACCACUGCGGAGGCCCGUGGGAGCCAGCAAGAGCACCAGCUGCGCAGGCAGGUUGAGUUACUGGCAUAUAAGGUUGAGCAGGAAAAAUGUAUAGCGAGUGAUCUACAAAAAACCCUCAGUGAAGAGCAGGAGAAAGCAAAUAAUGUCCGAAAGCUGCUGGUGGUGGAGCAGAACAAGGUCAAAGCUUUGAAAUCUGAGCUAUGUGAGUGUAAACAGGACAACGAAAGGUUGCUUAAGUCCCUCGACGACGUGCAGAAGGAGGUUCUCCAACUGAGGUCCAUACUGGACAGCAAGGAGAAGGACCUGAAGGCCACACUUCAGGAGCUAGAGAAUGAGCGUGAGAAGGAGCAUGCCCUGCAGAGCCGGCUGGAGCAGGAGCAGCUACAGCAUCUGCAGAAGGAGGGCCAGAACUCCAAGGCCUUGGAGGAAUUAAGAAUAUCUUUGGAGAAGCAAUAUGCUGAGAAUAAUCAGCUCUGUGUAGCUUUAAAACAUGAGCAAACGGCGAAGGACAACCUUCAGAAGGAACUGCAGAUUGAGUCCUCGCGCUGUGAGGCGCUAUUGGCCCAGGAACGGAGCCGGGUCUCCAAGCUACACCGGAACCUGGAGACUGUGCAAGGCCGCUCACUUGAGCUGUCCGAGGCCUUGCAGCAUGAGCGAGUUCUGACAGAGCAGCUGAGCCGUAGGGCGCAGGAGGCCUGUGCUCACCAGGAGACACAGGCGCACCGUGCUCUGCUGCGGAAGCUGAAGGAUGAGACCACCCGAGUGGCAGAGCUUCAGGCGGCACUAGAAAAAGUGCAGCAGCACGCUGUGCACACCCAGCAGCAGCUGGAGGCUGAGGUGCAGAAGCGCUGUGCAGAGCUCGAGAGAGAGAAGGAGGUGAGUGCCAGGCAGAGGUCCACUGUGCAGGCCCUGCGGACCCCCAAGCCAAAGCUGAGCUGUGAUGAGGACAGGGAGAGGGAGAAGCCCACAUGGCUGCAGGCAGAAUUAGAGCAGUUACACUCGAGGCUGGCAGAACAAGGAUUCAAGGACACGAGGAGAAGAGUGGAGACCAGGCAGAGCCGGGCACACACGGACAAGUGGAAGAAGUGGCAGAGAGACAAGGAGAAACUGAGAGAAUUAGAAUUGCAGCGCCAGCGCCAUGAGCACAAGGUCAAGCAGCUUCAGCGGAAGAUAAGGGAGCUGGAGGCCAGGGAGGUGGCACGCCUGUCCCCAGAGUUGGAACAUCUCCAAGAGCAGCAGCAAGGCCUGGAGACAAUUCGGCAGCAGCUGCUCUGCACGGCAGGGCUGCUGACCAACUUAGUCAACCAGACUGUAGACAGGACAAUUAAUGAUUGGACCUCAUCAAAUGAGAAAGCAGUGACAUCUUUAUUGCGGAUGUUAGAGGACCUCAAGUCCAAGCUGAGCACAUCUAACUUUUCCCAGAAAAAAAUGGCAGCAGAGGUACAGGUCCAGCUGGUGGACAUGUUGCUGAAAGAAAAUGAUUCUCUUACCAAAGCUCUUGGUGCCAUGACCCAGGAGAAGGCAGAGCUGUGCAGGGCCACGUCCCGGCUGGAGAAGACCCUCAAGCACCACCUGUUGAAGGGCUGCUCGCUCGGUAGGUUGGACAGGUCAGCCGGGAGGCGGGACAGGACGAUCCCGCAGAGCUCACCAGGACUUCUAGACCCGACACUGCCCACACCAGCUUCCAGGGAGGAAGCAAACACCAGCAGUGGCAAGAUGGAAAAGUUGUACCUGCAUUAUUUGAGAGCAGAGAGCUUUAGAAAAGCUCUGAUUUAUCAAAAGAAGUAUCUUUUGCUAUUGAUCGGUGGAUUCCAGGACUCCGAACAAGAGACGCUUUCCAUGAUCGCUCAUUUGGGAGUGUUUCCUUCCAAGGCAGACAAGAAAGUCACCGCCUCCCGGCCUUUCACCAGGUUCCGGACUGCUGUCAGGGUGGUGAUUGCAAUCUCCAGAUUACGUUUUUUGGUAAAGAAAUGGCAAGAAGUAGAUCGGAAAGGAGCUUUGGUGCAAGGCCGAGCACCCCGCACAGGAAGGAUUCCCAGGGUCACGGCAACAGUCGACUCCACCAGAAACCAGCGAAUCCCCCCCGACCCGGGACGUGUCUUCCAGCCAGACCAGGGACUCUGUUCCAAAAGCCUCCCCACGCAGGAGGGAAAGGUCCAAUCCAUCUCCAAAUUCAAGAUCAGAAAGAUCCCUGACUGCUUCUCAAGAUCCAGAACAUUCUUUGACGGAAUAUAUUCACCAUUUAGAAAUGAUCCAGCAAAGACUAGGGGGAGUACCACCAGAUUCUACUUCAAAGAAAUCCUGCUGCCAGAAGACUAAACAAUGAAUAAAGUCCUCGUGGCUUUCACCCGUGGCAGUCCUGCUUGAGUAAGAGAGGCUUGCGGCGCGGCGUGCUGAGUGGUGCCCAGUCUCCUUACGUGCCUGGGAUGCCCACCCAGGGCGCCGCUGGGUGUGUCCGCACCUUCGUGCAUUGCUACCGAGCCAAAGGGAGUAUUUUUAUGUAAUUCCAGUAGGUUUAGGGCCUUGCCUUCGUGAGGUGACAUGGGCUCUUGUGAGUGAUGGGCACCUGCCCGGGUCUUUGUGUGUCAGCAGAGCUCCCCUGCCUGCCUCCGAGAAGGCUGAGCAGAGAAUGGCUCACUGUUGUUUAUUUUCUUAGUGUACAGAUGGAAACUGGUUUAAAAACAAAAACAAGAAAAAAAAUCAAAGAGAGGAUAUAAUUAAAGAACUAUUUUAUUUGUGAAAA